AUGGCGGUGGCUUUCGAGCGGUGCAGAACGUUUCGGGCAUCGAGUGGAACAUCGAACAGGCUCUGUAAACACUUUGGCCAGUUACGUCGUGUCAAACGGCGUACCGCUAGGGAAGUAGCUUGCUACGACCGUGCGGUGGUUGUUGGUGAUAGUGAUGCCAGAAGAGACGCUGGAAAUGAUAUCGUUCAAAGAACGGUGAGAACCACGAGCUUAGUUGCCACGGCUGCGACGGUGUCUAUCAUCACGCCCGAGGUUCAUACCACGGCGGGGCGGAUAUCGACCGAACCUCGUCUCGUCAUGAAAUCCGGAACUCUUUCGUCCAUUGCGAGAGUGUCACGUAAGCCUUGCUUGCCGGUUUCGCAUACGGUCACGAUUGCUGCGAAAUUUAGAAUAACUGCAUCGGUGUUCACAGAGUCAAUACAGGCACGGACACAAGCGCACUCGCAGCCUGAGUCUGAAAGUCGCACAGAGCCUGGCAUGCAGACGGAUCAGCUUACAGCUCGCUCGGAUUGCUGCCUGCCUAAUACCAAGCGAGCUCUAAGCUCUGCGUACAUAGGGAGCUGGAAGCCUCACGUAGCCGAUCUUGGAGCAACCGCAGGUCUGCAAAGUCAGCCUGACAAUCAGGCGUCCUGCCUUGCCGUCACCGACCUUGGCAAUGGCUGA